AUGGCCCACGCUGUAACCGCAUCUGUCUGGUUGCUUCCGGGUGAAACCGUCCACAAAGAUGCAACAAUUAGUGGAGGUCGAUUACUGCUGACAGACUACCGACUUUUAUUUACCGGCCGUGUUCUUGUAACUACAUGGAGCGUCCCACUUAGCCUUAUCGCUAAAGUGGAAGUGUUGGAUUUAUGCUCCCUGAAGUUCGUUUCUAAGCUCGGUUUGUCAUUCGCCUGUGAGUUCGCUUCCGAGAAUGAAUGCGAAUGUUGGAUGGAUCGUAUUCAGCAAGUCGCUUUCAAGCCUGGAUUAGACAAGGACAGCUUCUGUUUCCUCUUUCACGAUGCUUUAUGCGCACGCAUUCCGGAUCAUCCGUUUUUACAAUGCACAAGUAAGCUUCUGUCUGGAACAGUUAAUGAGAAGACACCGGCCAAGCCAUCCUUACCUCUGGACCUUCGUUUGUCCUCUGGUUUCAACAUUGUUGAUGCCGAGUAUACGCGUAUGAAAUUCGGUUCCCCAUGGCGAAUCACGCAGGCCAACGGGAGUUUUAGAAUUUGUUCCUCUUAUCCAGAAUAUCAUAUUGUCCCGAGUGAUAUCGAAGACAAUGCGAUCGCUAGGAUGUCAGAAUUCCGCACUCACAAGCGAUUCCCGUCGGUGGUGUGGCGAUCACAAACAACUGGAGCUGUUCUCCUGCGAACCUCGGAACCGCGUGUUGGCUGGAUGUAUAACCGCAACGAAUGUGAUGAACAGUUUAUGUCUAGCGUAUCUAGGAGUUGUAUGAAAGACCCUGGUUUUUAUCCUCCAAAAGCCCCGACUCGCUUACUCAUCGUGGACGCAAGGACCUUCAGAGUGGCCCAACUCAAACGGUUUUUAGGCGGUGGCUACGAAUACUCGGGCUACUACAAUGAAGCGGAGCUGUGUUUCAUGGACAUGCCUAACUUACAUGCGGUACGCGUCAGCUUCGAGCGCCUUAGCCAAUUGUAUGCCAUGGAAACCGAUGCCAACUGGUUCUCCACAUUGGAAAAAACCUGUUGGCUAAACUACAUCAGCCAAUUACUCAAGAGUUCUUUAGACAUCGCUGUCGCAAUGGAGUCUGUCGGACGGCCGGUAAUGGUCCAUUGUACAGAUGGCUGGGAUCGCACUGCCCAGCUCAGUUCGUUGGCACAACUGCUCGCGGAUCCAUACUACCGCACCAUCGAGGGAUUCGUCAUUCUCGUAGAGCGCGAAUGGCUUCAAUUUGGCCACAAAUUUGCCGAUCGUUGCGGUCACGGAGAUUCCUAUCCGUCGGGUGACGAGCGCAGUCCAAUUUUUCUUCAGUGGCUGGACUGCGUGCAUCAAGUGCGCAUUCAGUUCCCCGAUCAGUUCGAAUUUAAUGAGACGUUUCUGGUGAAAUUGGGUCUACACGUUUACUCUGGCAUGUUUGGUACGUUUUUAUGCAACUCCGAACGGUGCCGACAAGAGGCCGAUCUGGACUCUCGCACAUGUUCCGUUUGGGUACUUUUAUCGCAGCGUUACAAUUGGACCAUCACGAACCAGUUCUAUGAGGCCUCCAAACAACGUUUGUUAGAGCCGGACUGGCGGCUCCCCUCUUUGCGGCUAUGGAAUUCCCUAUAUCGGUCGGCUUUGCUCCCCACCCGCCGGAUAACCACAGGUGUCGUCACUCUCAACAGUUCUCCGGAGAAUGCCUCCUGUUCUGUCUUGGGUGAAUCUGACUCCCAUGUUGAUCAACAGUCCUCUGCUUCCCUUCGUCCAGCCCGUGCGUCUUCACCUGAAAUCAAUUCAUGCGGUGGUUCCUCUUCUGCAGACCGACUACUUGGUGCCGACGUCUGUGAUGGUUGUGGAAUGGUUGACCUUGCUGACGAAAAUCUCACCGUCACUUCCCUCUCUCAUGGAUCACCUGUCCAACUUAAUACGGUGUCUGACACAAGUCCUAUUCACCCACAUCCUCUUGACAUCGCAGAUACAGUUGCCACUCUCCCUGUCAGCCCUUUCGCAAACGAUUCCUUUGGGGUGUUCACCAACGAAUACGACGCAGAUACUCGCCUUUCCAGUUCAUGUUGUGAUACAUUUAAAGCUGGAUCUCCCAAAUCCAUUGGGUAUGAACAUGGCGUGGCGAUUUUGCCUUUGUCUUCAGUCACAGACGACACUGUUCAACCGCCUUCAUUCCGCAAUGUCCACUUUCUAUCGGAUUUAAUGCCUACUAAUGUUGUGGAGCAUUCUCGUACAGAUCAGCUCGUUGCACGCAGUUUGUCUCCAUCUGAAGGGUUAGUGUUGGGCGAACGACACCUUUCCUUCGAGAGGCCCUGUUCAAGAAAUUGUUCCAUUUCCACCAAUGAAGAUGGAGGCGUUUUCGUCGUUGAUGAUGAAUUGGAGCAUUCAGUCCCCUGCUCCACUACUGUGCUCAAUGCGGAUUCUCAUCUCUCUCACACUCUUGUUCGGCCGUGUAAUUUGGAUGAGGAUGAUGAUGACGGUGAAGCGAUUCGAUGGGAUGGUUGUCCUUCUCAAUCCGGUUACCCGGUUGACAAGGCCACUUCGCCGAUAUUCAUCAAUUCCAGAGGCGGCGGCGGCGGCAACGGAUCCAUGUGCCAUGUCACUCUCGAUCAGGGUGCAAUUUUGGCAUCUGAAAACCCGAUCAAAUAUCAGUCCUUGCAUUCAGCACAGCGAUCUGAGGAUCUGCUCCAUUCUACGAACCAUGUAAACGGUGCACGUGAUUGGUCUGAUCUUUCGACGAAAGCCCUCAUCCCAUCGUUCGGUCGUCAGGAUCCAGUCGGUCGUAGUGCGAACCAUGUUUUCGGUGCGACUGCCGAAUUGUCCAUCGACGCAGCCGAUUACACUAUGCAUGAUGCCAAUAGUUGUCUGCUACUGGGAGACUUCAACCUCCCUGAAGUUUGCUGGGCUGAUCUAUCUUGCAGUUCGGUGGUGGGCACUUUCGCUUCUGAUUUUCUCGAGCUACCGUUGCAACUUCCUUUGCAUCAGUCCGUGGACCUCCCGACUAGAUAUAGGAGCGACCAACUUCCCUCUACCUUGGAUCUCACUUUUGUGAAGUUACACGAUUUCGUUGAGCUGGUCACAGAAGUCCCGGAGGAUUCUUGCCUAACUGAAAUCAGCAUAACGGAGAUACAGAUCUUCGGGCUGUUGCAAGGGCUAAAUCCUUCCAAAGCUUUUGACCCCGAUUCAAUUCAUCCGAAGCUGGUGCAUAAAUUGACCGCUGAGCUAAGUGAACCUCUGACAUGCGUGUUUACAAUAUCACUCGACAGCUGUGCCUUACCCUCGGAAUGGAAGAAGGCAAUCAAAUGUCUGAUUUUUAAGGGCGGUGUCAGAGCUCUGUCCGCUGACUACCGGCCUAUCAGCUUAACAAGUGUAGUAGUUAAGUUGUUCGAAAAAUUGGUCAGGGAUUCGGGGGUGAAUCACCUGAUUAAGUUUAACUUUCUCAGUGCGGCACAGCACGGAUUCCGUAAGCGAUUUUCGUGUCUGGCAAAUUUACUCGUAGCCCGUGAGGCAGUAGACAACGUUUACGCUAUCGACUUGCUUUUCGUUGACUUUUCGAAAGCUUUUGAUACUCUCCCACAUCAACGACUCAUUGAAAUUGAGAUCGUAUGGGGUAUCCGGAGCCGCCCUUAA